AUGGGGGAUGAUAAUUGGGAUAUAGGUGUAAACAAUGUUGUAGCUCCUAAAUUAGGUUUGAAUACGUCUCUUGUUUGGAAUUAUUUUGACAGACCUUUAUCUCCUCGCAUGAAUAGUUUUACUGGUUUAUCUAAAAUUGUUUCUUUAGACUUUCCAAUAGCUCGUCAGGAAAGAUUAUAUGAUCAGGUUAUCAUAACAAACCAAAACAACAACCAACAAUUGUACUUACAUUCAAUCACUCCAGUUCAAUUUAUCGAACAAAUAACUGUUCCUCAAUCACGAACAACGGUGGAAUUUGUGCCACCAACUACAACACAAGCAGAAUGGAUAGAUCUACAAAAACAACUAGAUAUAGGGGCUAAAAUUCUUCCUAAUUUUUCUUUUUCUAUGAAGACUCCUUUGACCCAAUCUCGAACAAGUAAAAACCACUCCAUAAUGCUUACCUAUGAAUCAUUACAAGAGGAACUCAGAAAUGACAAAUGGGCAUGGCGCAAGUAUGGUCAGAAGUAUAUCAAAGGUUCCCCAUUUCCAAGGAAUUACUACAAGUGUAGCACAUCAAAACACUGUGAAGCAAAGAAACAAAUUGAGAAAAGCUCAAAGGAUGAGAACAUUUUCUUUGUAUCUUGUUCCGGUGAACACAAUCAUUAUCCACCCAUGAGCCGUACAUAUCUUGCUAGCUGCAACAAUAAUUCCAAAUUGAAGCUUCCAAAAGGCAUAAAUAUUUAA